GGAUCAAACAAACACAACAUGGCAUAUCAACGGAUGUCGCCCAGAGAUGAAGCUCUCCCUGAACAGCCUGCAACCCCCCGCUGGAAACGCUUCCUCCACUGGCGGAACCUGCUGGGCAUCCUCUGGCUGGCGCCCGCCAUCGCCCUCCUCCUGCUCAACUUCCAGGGCUACAUCAUCGGCGCCGGGCUGGCGUGUCGCGGGGCCUGUGGCAUCAACGUAUACUCGGCAACGACCGUGCAGCAGACCCGGAGGCUCGACCAGGGCAACCGCGACGUGCUGGGGGCGCUGCAGCUGGUGGCCAAGCUGAUUGAGCUCUGGUUCCAGUUCAUCGCCGGCAGCAUGGUGGUCAGCAUUGCCAUGGGCCUCUCCCAUCGCCCGGGGGUGCCGAUGAGCCUGUUUGCCAUGUACGCCGAGUUCCUCGACGGGCUGUACCUGCAUGAUUUUAUAAACAAGGUCUGGCGGGCCCUCCGGUCUCGAGGCCAGUUCCAGUCUCAUUCCGCCGACGACGACGACGACGACAACUCCCUGCAGGUCAGCACGACCACCGCGCUGAUCGCCAACACCACGGGGGCAGACGGCAAGCCAGCCAGCCUGGAGGGCCACCGCGGCCCCCUGUACGCCUUCCUGGCGCUGGCGGGGGUGCUGGCGCUGGCAGGGAGCCUGAUGGGGGUGGCGACGGCGAUUCUGGUGCUGCCGUCGCUGCAGUACAUCGACAUCAACCGCCACGCCGGGCGGGCCUUUAACGGCACCCAGGGGGCAACCCCCCCGGGCACGCUGCCGGGGCCCUAUUGCAGCGCCGCAGCGCUCGCCCGGGGGGGUUACGCCUGCACGGGGAUCCUGUACGCCGCCAGCCUGGACGGGAUGGUGGACGCGGCCAACGUGAGCAUCGGGCAGGCCGAGUACCAGGACGGGAGCAUCCUGCCGCCCGUGUGCCAGGAGGGGAUGCUCUCGUUCAGCUUCAACACCUCGCUGACGGGCUCGUCGCUGUGGACGCCCAGUCGGCAGGUCCUGCGUGCCCUGUCGGUCGACUACGAGGACUGGUUGAACAGCACGACCAGCUCAAAAGUCUACCGCCGCGACCGAUACCCAGACUCGUUCCGCUUCAACCACUCGCUGGCCACGCAGCUGCAGCGCGUUGGGCCCUCGAUCGGCAUCCAGGGCGACUGUUACGGGGGGAACCAGUCGGGCGUCACCCAGGUCGAGCUGGCCGCCGAGCAGUUCGUCCGCUGCUACGGGAACAUCACGCUGGACGAGGAGUACGAGCCGCUUGCCACGCCGUUUACGCGGUGCAUCCCAUGGGGCAGGGGCUGGAACGAGAGCGCGGCCUUCUCGUCGGCCUCGUUCACGCUCAACGACUCUUAUCCUCGCGCCUGGACGGCAGACUCGCAGGCCGUCCAGGUGCAGAUCUACUCGACGCCCGUCGCCCGGUAUAUCCCGUCGGACCAGAUCAAUGUGUCGUCGUCGCCGUCGCGGGCGUAUUGGGAGACCCUGUUCGCGUCUCCCGCCCCAGACAACACCUUCUGGAACAUGUCGUCGUACUCCCAGACGUUCGAGUACAGCAUGGCUUCGCAGCCCGAGUCGCUGAUCUGGUGCGACAGCGCCUCGUUCCUCAGCUUCGCGACGUACACCCUCAAUCCGACGCAGGGGAGCAAUCUGUUGCUCCUGGUCCAGCUGGAGGUCGACAACACCGCCCCCAGUGUAGACCCGUCGUCAGAUAAUAAAGCAGCCAUUCCUAUUGACGCCGCCUGGUUUCUCGCCGGCUGGUCCGCCAACGCCAACGGCAGUGUCGCUGCCACCCGCAGCGCCGCCCAGGGCUUCAUCGAUAUGUAUUACGGCGCCAUCGACACGGGCGACGUGGUUGACGCCUUUGUCUUUAUUCUCCUGCACGAGUACUCUGUGCUGCACACCAUGUCGCUGGUGACGCAUGAAACGCGCGCAGUGACAACCGCCGCCCAGCGCAGCGCCCAGGCCCGCCUGGAAGCCCGGGAUCCCGGCCUCAACGCCAUGCUGCGGUCUUGGGCGACGGUGCAGAUGUGGCGGUACUCGCUGGGCUCGGCCACCAGCAUCUUCGGCGUCGUGAUCAUGGUCAUCGGCGUGGUGGUCACCUUGCUCCGUACGGCGCUCUUCCUGCGGGCGCCGCAGGAGAACAAUCUGGUCGUCACGGCGUUGCUGUAUGCCCCAGAGUCGGUCAGAGUCAAUGGCUUGCCAUUGAGGGUUAAAGGGGGGGGGUUAUUUCCAGUUACACAGUGACAGAGCGCAGCUCUGUAAUAUAUAUGAUUUACUUGAACUUGUGACUUGAUUUUAGUAGGAAGCUCUUCUUCCUUACCUAUAUAUAUUAUCAUUCAUUGUCUCAUGUUAUUACUAUUAUCUUAUUUUAUUCUUUUAUACUUCUUUAUUCUUUUACUAUUUAGUUUUAUAAGUCUCUUAUCUUGCCUGCUUCUAUCUUACAUGACUGGUG